AAAGGACGGAAAAGGAGAAUAAGAAUCCAAUGAAAUAGAGAUAAACACAAGACAUACUGUGAAUCUCUAGGGUCUAGAGAAAUAGGUAAAAAAAAGGGGUGGGGGGGUAUGUGGAGAUAUAGAACUGCAGAGUCCUGAAUCCAUUCAACAGGAAUUUCGUAGCCGUGUUUUGCUGUGUACCGGUAGAGCCUGUGGAACAGGCAGCGUGCGCCUCUGUCUCUCACGCUGCUGCAGUGGAGUACACGCAGAGCCCAGCACUGCUCUUGGUGAUACACAGUACAGUACAGCAGACUGGUCCUCCUGCCUCUUCUCCUCUCCUCUUCACCCUAUUCCUCUGAGGGCUUGGAUAAAAAAAAGAAACGGAAGGAAGGGAUCUUUUUUUUAAUUUUUUUUUACCCACCGGAGCAGACUCUUUCUCAGAUCUGAUCAGAAACACCACUAUCUGUGUCUCUGUAUGACUGUGCUGUGCUUUCCUGUCAUCGAGUGAAAAAGUGACAUAUGUGCUCCGAUGUCUCCACAAUAUAGGCACGCUGCAAGACCAGCAGUAUUCCCUUUGGUCCCCGUCUUGACACCUCGAUGAAGACAGACGCCUCCCUGUCCCCCCAGCCAGGAACAUGAAGGGCUUAUCGGGUGGCCGCUCCCAGCACCAGAUCCCCUCGCCCCAUGGGCUAGACCAGUUUGACCAUCCUCAAGACUUCCAUGGCAUGGGCCACCAUGGCGGAGCCUCUGAGUCGCGCCACUCCUCCUACCUGCUCAGCCCCACCGAGAGCUGCCCAAUGGACUACCACCACCGCUACUCACCGCGCAGCUCCAUCCACUCUGACUGCAUGAUGAUGUCCCCCGUCAUCAUGGCGCCCUCAUCGGGUGUUGGUGGUGGCGCCGCCAUUGACCACAUCUCCAGCAGCACCUUCCCCAGAAUGCACUACAGUUCCCAGUACUAUGACUCGGCCACGCGGGACGACUGCGCCGCCAUCACCGCCUCCGCCACCUCCCAUGCUGCCGCUGCCCCCACCACUUCAGUCUUGCAGUACCAGGGCAGCGGCAAGAGCAACCGCAUCCCGGCAAACCUGCUUGACCAGUUUGAGAAGCAGCUACCGCUGCACCGUGACGGCUUCCACACACUGCAGUACCAGAGGACGUCCACCACCACCACCACAGAGCAACGCAGCGAGAGCCCCGGACGCAUCCGCCACCUUGUCCACUCUGUCCAGAAGCUCUUCACCAAGUCUCACUCCCUGGAGGGCUCGUCCAAGAUGAACGGAACCAAAGGUGAUGGUGGAGGAGGGGGACACCACGGCGGCUCCCAACACAGCCACCACGGAGGCUCCAAGCAUGGCAGCAAGCGAAGUAAGAGCAAAGAGCGCAAGACGCACCGCUCGGGGGGCGCGGGCGGCUUCUGGAGCUCCGACGACAACCUGGACAGCGACAGCACCUACCGCACGCCCAGCGUCAUGAGCCGUCACCAUGGCGACCAUGCCCAUGCCGCCCACUGCUACCCGGACUCCAUGCACCACAGUCACUUUGGGGACCUGUCCCUCAAGACCUCCAAGAGCAACAACGAUGUCAAGUGCUCAGCAUGUGAGAGCAUGGCCAUGACUCCGGAGGGAAAGUUUAUGAAGAGGAGCUCCUGGUCCACGCUGACCGUCAGCCAGGCCAAGGAGGCCUACAGGAAGUCCUCCCUCAACCUCGAGAAACCCAUGAUGCACACAGACCUCAAGCCCUCGCUACGGGCCUGUCACUACCUACAGGUGCCUCAGGAUGAGUGGAGUGGAUACCCAGAGGAUGGGGACCAGGACGAGGAGAUCCCGUGUCGGCGGAUGCGCAGCAGCAGCUACGUCAAAGCCAUGGGAGAAGAAGACAACGACUCGGGUGGCGAAUCUGAUGGCAGCCCCAAGACCUCACCCCAGAAGGCCAUCCGACCCGACGCCCUCGUCCUCAAAUCAGCUAUGCAGAGACCCCACAUAGAACCCCAAAGCCAGAGCUACCACUUGCAAACCACCCGAGACAUGAUGCGGCCCCAUCCCAGUGUCACCCUGGACCCAGCCACCAACUACCCCCAACACCAUAUACCCCUCGGCCCUCAGUUCCGAUCCCGGAACCAGAGCUACAUGCGCGCGGUUAGCACCCUCAGUCAGGCAAGCUGCGUCAGCCAGGUGAGUGAGACUGAGGUCAAUGGCCAGUUUGAGUCAGUUUGCGAGUCCGUUUUUAGCGAAGUAGAAUCCCAGGCCAUGGAGGCCUUGGACCUGCCUGGCUCGUUCCGCACUCGAAGCCACAGUUACCUGCGUGCAAUUCAGGCUGGGUAUUCCCAAGACGACGACUGCUUGCCUUCAAUGACAUCCUCCACUGUCACUUCAACUCUCAGAUCCACAACAGAGGGAUAUGAUGUGCUGGAAGGCACUUCUUUGCUAAACGAGGACAUGAUAGAAGACGACGACGGGGCCAGCUCCUCGGCCUAUGUGGAGUUGGAACGUCUGGAGAGGGAGAAUGCUGUAGCUCGCAGCCAGCACAGCACAAGCUCCACUGUAACAGCCAUCUCUGUCCCCCCGACUUCACCGCCUGCCUACCAGAUCCCUGCUGCCCCCUCCAUUGCCGCCCCCGAUCCCCCCAUACCUCAGGCCAUCCAGGCCUUUAAAGAGUCUGCCAACAUGGUGGCCGCCUUCAACAUGCAGUGGAAAGAUGAGAUUUCGGCCAUGCGCUACGAACUGGCCGAGCUGCGCAGGGACGUGUGCGGCGAGCUCAAGACCUUCAACAGCAACUUCUUCAAUUUCACCCAGUGCUACAACAUGUGGACGCUGUGCCGUGAGAGCGCAAGUGAUGGCUCAACACAGACCGGGGACCGGGUGUCUGUGGGCAUCCAGGCUGGCACCAGCGGGCUCAUCAGGCAGAACACAGAGGAUAAGUCUGUCAUGUGCCAGCCGGAACCAGCUGCUUUUAGCAUCAUAGACCUGAUGGACCUUCCCCACAUUGAGAUAGCUGGGGACUCAAUGCCAGAGGAGGAAGCAAGCAGCCCUGCUAGCUCCCUGCCAUCGGAACAUUCCGCAACGUGGGACAACAAGAAGACCCACAAGCGCUCUUUGGGCAGUGGCCGCAGGAGUGCCAGUCUGGAACUGUGGAGCAGGAAGUACACCAGUGGGCCCAUGUCAUACCUGUCAAUGUCAUUCUAAUCAUUCCCAUACAACCCAGAAGAAACAAAACGCAUGGGUUUUCCCUUGAUUACAACCCCUCGAGAACCAGAGCAAGAGCCAAGGGGAAAAAACCCAUUUACUUAUGUAGAGAUCUACAGUGCCUUCAGAAAGUAUUCAUAACC